AUGGAGGGUCUUUGUAUGACCGAUCCCACCAUCGGUGUUUCCAAACAUGAUCACAACACACCCUUUGAGGAAACCCCAAAGUUGAGUCCUUUUGAUCCCACAGGACUCGUAACAGAUGAGAGUGGCCACAGUGUCACCGACUCGGAGCCCUCGACACCUACAAACGACAUCGACUCGUUCGAAAAGAAUGGAAACCAUGACAGCCAUGACAGCCAAGUCAUUAGGCCAUAUGCCAUCGAGGAGCCGGAUGACGAACCGGAUGCCACAUUGCCGAGGCACGAUCUACCAUGUCUACCAGACCGUUUCGAACGCUGGCAGCGAGACUUGAGAGAUUACAUGACCGGCUUGAACGUUCGGCCUGAAAACAGCAAUGGAACCAAGUAUCCUGUCAUGCGAAAGAGAGGACAGAAGAGAAAGUCCGCAUCUAUUGCGAGCUCUAUACAUUCCCACUCUGGUUCUCAUUCCUUCAGGCGACGAACUACAUCGGCAGAGCCCCAUCAACAAGCGAAUGAUUAUAGCCAUAAAAGACAUCGAGGAUGCAGCGAAGAGCCUCAGCACCACUAUGACACUGAUUCGUUCCACACUUUCAGGGAGCCCAAAACGAAUGAAAGUUCAAGUUCCGAAGCCCCAACGCCCGAUCUUAGCAGUGCCGAGACCAUGAACGAUUCUGCAGCUGAUGAGAUGGACAUUGACUGA